AUGAUCCGAGGAGCGUGCGUCGUCCUCUUCCUCUUCCUCUUCCUCUCUGUGUCUGUUGCGUGCGACAAGACUUCGGACAUCAAGAUCUCGACGCUGGAGACUUCAGCUCAUAUCCUCAAGGCCGUCAUGGGAGCAGGGAGUGCUGCGAGAAAGGAGGUGCUGCUGGCCAAGGCAAGGAGGAGCGCGUCGUCAAGGGCAGGAUACGCGAAGCUGGAGAAUGGCGUGCUAGGUAGCCAUCAGCAUCUGCGACGGGUUCUCGGGCCGGCAGGAGAGAAGCUCGUCUCUGCCUGCCUCCUCUGCGCCAGCAUCGGGGUCUGCUCAGAGAACGUGUGCUCCAUGCUGCAAGGAGGCUGCCAGCCCUGGUCCAAGCGAGUUCUAGUCACCAGCAGCAUCGUCGUCGGCCUGACGUUUCUGAGUUGGUUGAGGGACCUACGAAAGUUGUCGUUCACUAGUUUGCUCGGCGACAUCGCGAUUGUGGGAGGACUCAUCAUUACCAUCAUCUCUGCUCUCCUGGUGGACGGAGGGAUGCUGAGUGGAGGAGGAACGAGCUGGUUGCAAGAUCAUCUUCGGGAGGCUCCCCUCCUCUCCUUCUCCACUCUCCCGCUCUCUUUCGGCAUCAUCGCCUUCCUCUUCUGCACGCAGUUCCUCUCUCUUCCUAUUGAGGCCUCAAUGCUUCACCCAGAGCAAUACGAACAGGCUGUCUUCCGUACUUUCAUAGGAACUGCCAUUGCAAAUAUCAUCUUUGGUCUCAUCGGCGCUCUUACGUGGGGAGCAAGCGUCAAUCAGAUCGUCAUCCUCAACCUCAAUAGCAGCCUAGUCGUCGUCCUCGUCAAGGCUUGUCUCUGCGUCGACCUCUUCUUCACCUUCCCCAUCGUCAUCUUCCCUGCCCUCGAGAUGAUCGAGAGAUCUCUUGACCUCCCCAGCGACGUGGAGAGCGUCUGGCCUCGAAACUUAUUCCGCUCCUGCAUCGUCUGCUGUACUGCCUUCAUAGCUCUCCUCGUCCCAUACUUUGCCCUCCUUACAGACAUCUUUGCCGGUUUGGGUCAAACUCUACUCGCCUUCGUCGUCCCUCCCCUCCUCGUCAUCCGCCUCUCCGAGUCUUCUCUCUUCUCUCCCCGGCACAAUUCGUUCAUGUGGAGUAUCAUUGUCUUCGGCGUUUCUGCUUGCGUCAUCUCCACCAUCACGUCCAUUCAUCACAUCCUCAAGCACUGA